GCGUGGCGCUCGGAGAUCACUGGUCGUCCCCCACGAGGACGCAGCUCUGCGGGGAGGGAGGAGGAGACAGCGAAGCUGGGGGCUUGGCAGUGCGGCGGCGGCAGCGAUGGGGAACCCGGAGCAGCUCCUCGACUACCAGUAGCGGAGUAAGACUGUCGAGAGCAGAGACGAGAACCGCUCCUCCCGGCAGGCUGCGCUGUGAUCUGGGCUGCGCGUUGGGACCUCGCUCCCGGUCCCCCUCCUCCCGCCGCCAUCCUCCUCUGACUCCCCUCCUCCGCCCCGCCAACCCGCAGCGGUGGCGGCGUCCUGAGCGCCAAGCCCCGAGCGCCUCCGCUCGCCGCCCCAGCCUGAGCCGGGAGCACGCGGCGAGCACUGCGGCUGAGGCAGCUGGGUGGCCAGCUCGCCCUAGGCCGGAGAGGAAGACCACGGAGGACGCUUGUGGUGCAGGGGAGCAUCGCCGGCCGAGGCAAGGGAGUUCAACGAACAUUUGCAGAAAUGCAACCAAGCUGUACUGUCUGAGGCUUUGGACUGCUGUUCCUUUUGUUCUGCAAGCUUUUCCACAGAUCUCUGAAGAGGUGGCAGUCUUCUUAGCACAGGCCACUAUGUGGUAUUUUGUAUUUGCUCCUCUACUAAACGCACUCUAAGAGUGAUGGUGACCUCCUCUCUCCUUCGCCGCGCGUUCUGAAGUUAGAACCUUGCUGACCUGUGGAAAGCCUUGGAUGGACGUGUGAUGUGAUGGGGGUGACUAUGGGACACUGUGUGGGCACAAGGCUUCCUUCCUGCGUCCUCCUGCUGCUCCUGAAGCUGUUGGCCACUGUCUCCCAGGGGCUGCCAGGCACGGGGCCCCUGGGCUUCCACUUCACACAUUCCAUCUAUAAUGCUACCGUGUAUGAAAACUCAGCAGCAAGGACCUACGUCAAUAGCCAGACUAGAAUGGGCAUCACCUUAAUAGACCUGUCCUGGGAUAUCAAGUACAGAAUAGUGUCUGGCGACGAGGAAGGCUUUUUCAAAGCUGAGGAGGUCAUCAUUGCAGAUUUCUGCUUUCUCAGGAUAAGAACUAAGGGUGGCAACUCUGCCAUAUUGAACAGGGAAAUCCAAGACAAUUAUUUAUUAAUCAUAAAAGGUUCAGUCAGAGGAGAAGAUUUGGAAGCAUGGACCAAAGUGAGCAUCCAGGUUUUAGACAUGAAUGACCUGAGGCCUCUGUUUUCACCUACCACCUACUCGGUCACCAUUGCAGAAAGCACACCACUUAGGACUAGCGUUGCCCAGGUGACAGCUACGGAUGCAGACAUCGGUUCCAAUGGAGAAUUCUACUACUACUUUAAAAACAAGGUUGAGCUUUUUUCAGUGCACCCCACAAGUGGUGUCAUCUCUUUAAGUGGACGGUUAAAUUAUGAUGAGAAAAACAGAUAUGAUCUAGAAAUCUUAGCAGUGGACCGGGGAAUGAAACUCUAUGGCAAUAACGGAGUGAGCAGUACUGCUAAGCUUUAUGUUCACGUUGAACGCAUAAACGAACAUGCUCCAAUUAUCCAUGUUGUCACUCACAUCCCUUUCUCAUUGGACAAAGAGCCAACGUAUGCAGUAGUGACCGUUGAUGACCUGGACGAGGGAGCCAAUGGAGAGAUCGAAUCUGUUUCCAUCGUGGCUGGAGAUCCUUUGGAUCAGUUCUUCUUGGCUAAAGAAGGAAAGUGGAUGAAUGAGUAUAAAGUCAAGGAGAGAAGGCAGGUGGACUGGAAAAGUUUCUCCUAUGGCUACAACCUCACUUUUCAAGCAAAAGACAAGGGGUCACCUCAGAAGUUUUCAGAACUAAAGACAGUCCACAUUGCCAACCCCAAGAGAGACAGCAUCCCAGUCAGGUUUGAAAAAGAUGUGUAUGAGGUCAGCAUAAGUGAGUUUUCCCCUCCUGGUGUCUUGGUGGCCAUAGUCAAGGUAAGCCCUGAGCCACUGGACGUGGAGUACAAACUAUCCCCUGGUAAGGAUGCAGAGUUCUUCAAGAUUAACCCUCGGUCAGGUCUGAUCGUCACAGCACAGCCCCUGAAUAGAGUGAAGAAGGAAGUUUAUAAGCUGGAGGUGACAGACAAGGAAGGAGAUGUGAAGGCCCAAGUCACCGUCGGGAUCGAGGAUGCCAAUGACCACACCCCAGAAUUCCAGCAGACACUGUAUGAGACUUUGGUGAAUGAGAGUAUUCCUGCUGGAACAAAUGUGUUGACGGUGUCUGCCUCUGAUAAGGAUAAAGGAGAAAAUGGCUACAUCACUUACAGCAUUGCCAGCCUGAACCUUUUACCGUUUGCCAUUAACCAGUUCACAGGUGUGAUCAGCACAACGGAAGAGUUAGAUUUCGAAUCCUCCCCGGAGACGUACCGGUUCAUUGUGAGAGCAUCCGACUGGGGCUCACCGUACCGCCAUGAAAGUGAGGUGAAUGUGACCAUUCGGGUAGGAAAUGUCAAUGACAACAGCCCUCUCUUUGAGAAAGUGGCUUGCCAGGGAGUUAUUUCAUAUGACUUUCCUGUUGGGGGUCAUAUCACAGCUGUCUCUGCGAUUGAUAUUGAUGAACUUGAACUUGUAAAGUACAAAAUCAUUUCUGGAAAUGAACUUGGGUUCUUUUAUUUAAACCCAGACUCUGGCGUUUUACAGCUUAAAAAGCCUCUGAUGAAUUCUGGCAUUAAAAAUGGUAAUUUUGCCCUCAGAAUCACAGCUACAGAUGGGGAAAAUUUCGCAGACCCCAUGACCAUUAACAUCUCAGUACUCCACGGGAAAGUGUCUUCAAAGAGCUUCAGCUGCCGAGAAACUCGUGUGGCUCAGAAAUUGGCAGAGAAACUACUCAUUAAAGCAAAAGCUAAUGGGAAACUGAAUCUAGAAGAUGGAUUUCUUGACUUUUAUUCAAUUAAUAGGCAAGGACCACACUUUGACAAGUCUUUCCCCUCUGAUGUGGCUGUGAAGGAGGACAUGCCAGUUGGAACUAACAUCCUGAAGAUUAAAGCAUAUGAUGCUGACUCUGGCUUCAAUGGGAAGGUCCUGUUUACAAUAUCGGAUGGAAAUACAGACAGUUGCUUCAAUAUUGAUAUGGAGACUGGACAACUUAAAGUCCUCAUGCCCAUGGACCGAGAGCACAGAGACCUCUAUCUCCUCAACAUAACCAUCUAUGACCUUGGAAAGCCACAGAAAUCAUCAUGGCGAUUGCUGACUGUCAAUGUGGAGGAUGCUAAUGACAACAGCCCGGUGUUUCUGCAGGACAGCUACUCAGUCAGCAUUCUUGAAAGUUCGAGUAUUGGCACCGAGAUUAUUCAAGUGGAAGCAAGAGACAAGGACCUGGGUUCUAAUGGUGAGGUAAUGUACUCCGUUUUGACAGACACACAGCAAUUUACCAUCAAUAGCUCAACUGGAAUUGUCUAUGUAGCUGAUCAGUUGGACAGGGAAUCCAAAGCCAACUAUUCUUUGAAAAUAGAAGCCAGGGACAAAGCAGAAAGUGGCCAGCAACUGUUUUCUGUUGUCACCUUGAAGAUCUUUCUGGAUGAUGUCAAUGACUGCUCCCCAGCUUUCAUCCCCACUAGCUACAGUGUGAAGGUUCUUGAAGAUCUCCCUGUUGGUACAGUCAUUGCUUGGCUUGAGACUCAGGAUCCUGACCUUGGAUUAGGGGGUCAAGUGCGAUACUCUUUGGUCAAUGAUUACAACGGGAGGUUUGAAAUAGACAAAGCAAGUGGCGCUAUCCGCUUGAGCAAAGAGCUGGACUAUGAGAAGCAGCAAUUCUACAAUCUCACAGUCAGGGCCAAGGACAAGGGGCGGCCUGUGUCUUUGUCAUCGGUGUCCUUUGUCGAGGUGGAGGUGGUGGACGUCAAUGAAAACCUGCAUAUGCCCUAUUUCCCAGACUUUGCUGUCGUUGGAUCUGUAAAAGAAAACUCACGGAUUGGCACAAGUGUGCUGCAGGUGACUGCCCACGAUGAGGAUUCUGGUAGGGAUGGAGAGAUCCAGUACUCCAUAAGAGAUGGCAGCGGUCUUGGGAGAUUCAGCAUAGAUGAUGAGAGUGGAGUCAUCACUGCUGCUGACAUUCUAGAUCGAGAGACAACAGGGUCAUACUGGCUGACAGUGUAUGCCACAGACAGGGGCGUGGUCCCUCUCUAUUCCACCAUUGAAGUCUACAUAGAAGUUGAAGACGUGAACGACAAUGCCCCACUGACCUCGGAACCCAUCUAUUAUCCUGUUGUCAUGGAAAAUUCUCCCAAGGAUGUGUCUGUCAUUCAGAUACAAGCUGAAGAUCCCGACUCUGGUUCCAAUGAAAAACUGACCUAUAGGAUUACAAGUGGAAAUCCACAGAACUUUUUUGCCAUAAAUAUCAAAACAGGUCUGAUUACCACGACUUCAAGGAAAUUGGAUCGAGAGCAGCAGGCGGAACAUUUUCUGGAGGUGACAGUGACGGAUGGUGGUUCUUCUCCCAAACAGUCGACCAUCUGGGUGGUAGUUCAGGUUCUGGAUGAAAAUGACAACAAGCCCCAGUUCCCUGAGAAGGUCUACCAGAUCAAGCUUCCAGAACGUGACCGCAAGAAGAGGGGAGAACCUAUUUACAGGGCUUUUGCAUUUGACCGGGAUGAAGGCCCCAAUGCAGAAAUCUCCUACAGUAUUGUGGAUGGGAAUGAUGACGGAAAGUUCUUUAUUGACCCUAAAACUGGCAUGGUCUCUUCCAGAAAGCAAUUCACAGCAGGAAGUUAUGACAUCCUGACGAUAAAGGCUGUGGACAAUGGCCGACCACAGAAAUCCUCCACGGCCCGCCUCCAUAUUGAAUGGAUUAAGAAGCCCCCACCUUCACCGAUGCCACUGACGUUCGACGAACCGUUUUACAACUUCACCGUCAUGGAAAGUGACAAAGUAACGGAGAUUGUAGGGGUGGUGUCUGUGCAGCCGGCUAACACCCCUCUGUGGUUUGACAUCGUUGGUGGCAAGCAUGCUCGAGAGAUGUUCUAUAUUCUACAGACAGCUUGUGGGCAGAACUGUUCAACAGAAGGGGGGAAUUUUGACAGCUCUUUUGAUGCAGAGAAGGGUGUUGGGACAAUUGUCAUUGCAAAACCUUUGGACGCAGAGCAAAGGUCGGUCUACAACAUGAGCGUGGAAGUCACCGAUGGAACAAAUGUUGCCGUCACUCAGGUAUUUAUCAAAGUGCUGGAUAAUAAUGAUAAUGGCCCAGAAUUCUCCCAGCCACAUUACGAUGUGACAAUUUCUGAGGAUGUGCUUCCGGAUACAGAAAUACUUCAGAUUGAGGCCACAGACAGAGAUGAGAAGCAUAAGCUAAGCUACACCAUCCACAGUAGCAUCGAUGCCAUCAGCAUGAGAAAGUUUCGGAUGGACCCCAGCACAGGCGUGCUCUACACUGCUGAAAGGCUGGACCAUGAGGCCCAGGACAAGCACAUCCUCAACAUAAUGGUCAGAGAUCAGGAAUUUCCUUACCGAAGAAACUUGGCCCGAGUCAUUGUGAACGUGGAGGAUGCUAACGAUCACAGCCCUUACUUUACCAGUCCACUGUAUGAAGCAUCGGUGUUCGAGUCAGCUGCUCUGGGAUCAGUUGUUCUGCAAGUGACAGCUCUGGACAAAGACAAAGGGGAAAAUGCAGAGCUCAUAUAUUCCAUAGAAGCAGGGAACACGGGGAACACAUUUAAGAUCGAACCAGUCCUGGGCAUCAUUACCAUCUCCAAAGAGCCAGACAUGACAGCCAUGGGUCAGUUUGUCCUGUCAGUUAAAGCCACGGAUCAAGGCUCUCCACCAAUGUCUGCCACUGCAAUUGUACGCAUCUCCAUCAGCAUGUCUGAUAACUCCCACCCCAAGUUCACGCACAAAGACUAUCAAGCUGAAGUAAAUGAAAACGUUGAUAUUGGAACUUCUGUCAUCCUGAUCUCUGCCAUCAGCCAGUCAACCCUCAUUUAUGAGGUCAAAGAUGGAAACAUCAAUGGAGUCUUUACCAUAAAUCCAUAUUCUGGAGUCAUCACCACACGGAGAGCUCUGGAUUAUGAGCAGACCUCUGCCUAUCAACUCAUCAUCCAGGCCACCAACAUGGCAGGCAUGGCUUCCAAUGCCACUGUCAGCGUUCAGAUUGUGGAUGAAAAUGAUAACCCCCCAGUGUUUCUCUUCUCUCAAUACUCAGGCAGCCUGAGUGAGGCCGCCCCCAUCAACAGCAUUGUCAGGAGCCUAGACAACAGCCCAUUGGUGAUCCGAGCCACGGAUGCUGACAGCAACCAAAAUGCAUUACUGGUUUACCAGAUUGUGGAGUCCACAGCCAAGAAGUUCUUCACAGUGGACUCCAGCACAGGGGCCAUCAGAACAAUCGCCAAUCUAGACCAUGAGACCAUUGCACAUUUCCAUUUCCACGUGCAUGUGAGAGACAGUGGGAGCCCCCAGCUGACUGCAGAGAGCCCCGUUGAAGUCAACAUUGAGGUGAUAGAUGUGAAUGAUAACCCACCUGUGUUCACUCAGGCUGUGUUUGAGACGGUCUUACUUCUCCCCACCUACGUAGGCGUGGAGGUUCUGAAGGUGAGUGCCACAGACCCUGACUCUGAGGUACCCCCUGAACUGACAUAUAGCCUCAUGGAAGGGGGUGUGGAUCAUUUUUUCAUGGACCCAAAUAGUGGAGUGCUCACCAUAAAAAACAACAAUCUCUCCAAAGAUCAUUACAUGCUGAUAGUCAAAGUAUCUGAUGGCAAGUUCUACGGUACUGCCAUGGUCACUGUCACGGUUAAAGAAGCCAUGGACAGUGGCCUGCACUUCACACAAAGCUUCUACUCAACCUCCAUCUCAGAGAACAGCACAAACAUAACCAAAGUUGCUAUUGUCAAUGCAGUUGGAAACCGCCUUAACGAGCCCUUAAAAUACAGCAUCUUAAACCCAGGAAAUAAAUUCAAGAUAAAAUCUACCUCAGGAGUCAUUCAGACCACAGGAGUACCCUUUGACCGCGAAGAACAGGAGUUAUACGAGCUGGUGGUGGAAGCCAGCCGUGAGCUAGACCAUUUGCGGGUGGCAAGGGUGGUAGUCAGGGUUAACAUUGAAGAUGUAAAUGACAACUCUCCUGUCUUUGUGGGCCUCCCUUACUAUGCUGCUGUGCAAGUCGAUGCUGAGCCAGGGACUCUAAUAUACCGGGUGACAGCCAUCGACAAAGAUAAAGGUGCCAAUGGAGAAGUGACCUACAUCUUGCAGGGUGACUAUGGCCACUUUGAAAUUAACCCUAAUUCAGGGAAUGUGAUUUUAAAAGAAGCAUUCAACUCAGACCUCUCCAACAUUGAUUACGGAGUCACCAUCCUCGCCAAGGACGGUGGCAACCCAUCUCUAUCCAAAUCAGUGGAACUUCCUAUAACCAUUGUUAACAAAGCAAUGCCUGUGUUUGAUAAGCCCUUCUAUACAGCCUCCAUCAAUGAAGACGUCACAAUGAACACUCCCAUUCUCAGUAUCAACGCCACCAGCCCAGAAGGCCAGGGGAUCAUAUACCUCAUCAUUGAUGGGGAUCCCUUCCAACAGUUUAACAUUGACUUUGACACAGGGGUCCUGAAGGUCAUUAGUCCUUUGGAUUACGAAGUCACAUCUGUUUACAAGUUGACGGUGCGAGCCAGUGAUGCUCUUACAGGUGCCAGGGCUGAAGUCACUGUGGAUGUGCUGGUGGAUGACGUCAAUGAUAACCCUCCUGUUUUUGAUCAGCCCACUUACAACACAACACUAUCUGAGGCAUCUCUCAUUGGAACCCCUGUUCUGCAACUCGUCUCAACGGAUGCAGACUCGGGAAACAACAAGCUGGUGCAUUAUCAGAUUGUCCAGGACACCUACAACAGCACAGAUUACUUUCACAUUGAUAGCUCAAGUGGCUUGAUCCUGACAGCAAGGAUGCUAGACCAUGAGUUGGUGCAACACUGCACGUUGAAAGUCACAGCAACCGAUGAUGGCUUUCCAUCCAUGAGCAGUGAGGUCCUGGUUCACAUCUACAUUUCUGACGUCAAUGACAACCCCCCAGUUUUUAAUCAGCUCAUUUAUGAGUCCUAUGUGAGUGAAUUAGCCCCCAGGGGUCAUUUUGUAACCUGUGUGCAAGCCUCAGAUGCGGACAGCUCUGACUUCGACCGGUUGGAAUACAGCAUUUUAUCCGGGAAUGACCGAACCAGCUUUCUGAUGGACAGCAAGAGCGGAGUCCUCACACUAUCUAGCCACAGGAAGCAGCGCAUGGAGCCUCUGUACAGUCUCAACGUGUCUGUGUCUGACGGGCUGUUUACCAGCACUGCUCAGGUGCACAUCAGAGUGCUUGGAGCUAACUUGUACAGCCCCGCCUUCUCACAAAGCACCUAUGUAGCUGAGGUGAGGGAGAACGCAGCCUCUGGGACAAAGGUCAUCCAUGUCCCAGCCACAGAUGGGGAUCCAGGAACAUACGGACAGAUCAGCUACUCCAUCAUCAAUGACUUUGCCAAGGAUCGAUUCCUCAUAGACAGCAAUGGACAGAUCAUCACAACAGAAAGACUAGACCGCGAAAACCCUCUGGAAGGAGAUAUUAGCAUUUAUCUGCGGGCCCUGGAUGGCGGAGGGAGAACGACAUUCUGCACUGUACGGGUGAUUGUGGUAGAUGAGAAUGACAAUGCCCCUCAGUUCCUGACAGUGGAGUAUAGGGCCAGCGUCAGGGCCGAUGUAGGAAGGGGACACUUAGUCACUCAAGUUCAAGCUUUGGAUCCGGAUGAUGGAGCAAAUUCUAGGAUUACAUAUUCUCUCUACAGUGAGGCCUCCGUCUCAGUGGCCGACCUCUUGGAAAUUGAUCCUGAUAAUGGCUGGAUGGUGACCAAGGGCAACUUUAACCAACUAAAAAAUACAGUUCUGUCCUUCUUUGUGAAAGCAGUGGACGGUGGCAUCCCAGUCAGGCACUCCCUCAUUCCCGUCUACAUCCAUGUCCUGCCCCCUGAGACAUUCCUGCCUUCAUUCACCCAGUCACAGUACUCCUUUACCAUUGCAGAAGAUACAGCCAUUGGAAGCACAGUGGACACCCUGAGGAUUCUGCCCAAUCAGAGUGUUCGGUUCAGCACGGUUAAUGGAGAGCGGCCAGAGAAUAACAAAGAGGGUGUCUUUAUCAUAGAACAGGAGACAGGCGCCAUCAAGCUCGACAAACGCCUUGACCAUGAAGUCAACCCAGCUUUCCACUUCAAAGUGGCAGCUACUAUACCCCUGGACAAGGUGGACAUCGUAUUCACUGUGGAUGUAGAUGUGAAGGUACUGGAUCUGAAUGACAACAAGCCAGUCUUCGAAACAUCAAGCUACGAGACAAUCAUAAUGGAGGGGAUGCCUGUCGGCACGAAGCUUGCCCAGGUGAGAGCCGUAGACAUGGAUUGGGGAGCCAACGGGCAGGUCACUUACUCCCUACACUCGGAUUCCCAUCUCGCAAAGGUAAUGGAAGCCUUCACUAUCGACAGCAACACAGGGUGGAUCAGUACACUGAAGGACCUGGACCAUGAGGCAGGCCCUGCCUUCUCCUUCUCUGUGGUGGCUUCUGACCUGGGAGAGGCUUUCUCUCUUUCCUCCAUGGCUCUGGUCUCAGUCACGGUGACAGACAUAAAUGACAAUGCACCAGUCUUUGCUCACGAGGUGUACCGAGGGAACGUGAAGGAGAGCGACCCGCCCGGAGAGGUGGUAGCUGUUCUCAGCACCUUGGACAAGGAUACCUCCAACGUAAAUCGCCAAGUGAGCUACCACAUCACCGGAGGGAAUCCCCGAGGACGGUUUGCCCUGGGCAUGGUGCAGAGUGAGUGGAAGGUCUAUGUGAAGAGACCUCUGGAUCGAGAGGAACAAGACAUUUACUUCCUCAAUAUCACUGCCUCUGAUGGACUCUUUGUCACACAGGCCAUGGUGGAAGUGACCGUUAGUGACGUAAAUGACAACAGCCCAGUGUGUGAUCAGGUUGCAUAUUCAGCAUCUCUUCCAGAAGACAUUCCAUCAAAUAAAAUCAUCCUGAAGGUCAGUGCCAAGGAUGCGGAUAUUGGAUCCAAUGGAGAUAUACGAUACUCACUCUAUGGAUCUGGAAACACUGAAUUUUUUCUAGAUCCAGAAAGUGGUGAGUUAAAAACCUUGGCCCUGUUGGACCGGGAGAGGGUCCCAGUAUACAACCUGAUUGCCAGGGCCACUGACGGGGGUGGCCGCUUCUGCCACUCCAAUGUCCUCCUGCUCCUGGAAGAUGUGAACGAUAACCCCCCUGUGUUUCCUUCCAACCACUACACUGCAUGUGUCUACGAGAACACAGCCACGAAGGCUCUGCUGACCAGAGUGCAAGCCAUCGACCCUGAUGUUGGCAUCAACAGGAAGGUUGUGUACUCCCUGGAGGACUCAGCCAGUGGGGUCUUCUCCAUCGACAGCUCUUCUGGUGUCAUCAUCCUGGAGCGGCCUCUAGACAGAGAGCAGCAGUCAUCGUAUAACAUCAGUGUGAGGGCCACCGACCAGAGUCCCGGGCAAUCCCUCUCCUCUCUCGCCUCUGUCACCAUCACUGUCCUGGACAUCAACGACAACCCCCCUGUGUUUGAGAGGAGGGACUACCUAGUAACAGUGCCUGAGGACACUUCCCUUGGUACCCAAGUCCUCUCCGUUUUUGCCACCAGCAAAGACAUUGGCACAAAUGCUGAGAUAACGUAUCUCAUCCGGUCUGGGAAUGAACAAGGGAAAUUUAGGAUCAACCCAAAGACAGGGGGCAUUUCUGUCUUGGAAGCUCUGGACUAUGAAGUAUGCAAAAGAUUUUACCUGGUGGUAGAAGCCAAAGACGGGGGCACGCCAGCCCUGAGUGCUGCAGCCACGGUGAGCAUCGACCUCACAGAUGUGAAUGAUAACCCUCCUCAAUUCAGCCAAGAUGUCUACAGCGCUGUCAUCAGCGAGGACACCCUGGAGGGGGACUCUGUCAUCCUGCUCAUAGCAGAAGAUGUGGACAGCAAGCCCAAUGGACAGAUUCGUUUUUCCAUUGUGGGUGGAGACAGGGACAAUGAAUUUGUUGUGGACCCCGUUUUGGGACUUGUGAAGGUUAAGAAGAAACUGGACCGGGAACGGGUGUCGGGAUACUCCCUGCUCAUCCAAGCAGUAGACAGUGGCAUUCCCGCAAUGUCCUCAACUACAACUCUCAACAUUGAUAUUUCUGAUGUGAAUGACAACAGCCCAGUGUUUACACCCGCCAACUAUACUGCUGUGAUUCAGGAAAAUAAGCCGGUGGGUACCAGCAUCUUACAGCUUGUGGUGACAGACAGAGACUCCUUUCACAAUGGGCCUCCCUUCUCCUUCUCUAUCUUGUCGGGAAAUGAAGAUGAGGAGUUCGUGCUGGACUCCCAGGGGGUCCUGAGGUCAGCGGUGGUCUUCCGGCACAUGGGGUCCCCAGAAUACCUGCUGUGCAUACAGGCAAAAGACUCAGGAAAACCGCAGCAAGUUUCUCAGACCUACAUCCGCGUGCGGGUCAUUGAGGAAAGCACCCACAAGCCCACAGCCAUCCCCCUGGAAAUUUUCAUUGUCACCAUGGAGGAUGACUUUCCAGGUGGGGUCAUUGGAAAGAUCCAUGCCACAGACCAGGACAUGUAUGAUGUGCUUACGUUUGCCCUGAAGUCAGAGCAGAAGAGCUUGUUCAAAGUGAAUAGUCACGAUGGCAAAAUCAUAGCACUCGGAGGGCUGGACAGUGGGAAGUAUGUCCUGAAUGUCUCCGUGAGUGACGGCCGCUUCCAAGUGCCCAUCGAUGUCGUUGUGCACGUGGAGCAGCUGGUGCACGAGAUGUUGCAAAACACUGUCACCAUCCGCUUUGAGAAUGUGUCCCCCGAGGACUUCGUGGGGCUGCACAUGCACGGGUUCCGGCGCAUCCUGCGGAACGCGGUCCUCACCCAGAAGCAGGACAGCCUGCACAUUAUCAGCAUCCAGCCUGUGGUGGGCACCAACCAGCUGGACAUGCUGUUUGCUGUGGAGAUGCACAGCAGCGAGUUCUACAAGCCGGCCUACCUGAUCCAGAAGCUGUCCAACGCCAGGAGGCACCUGGAGAAUGUCAUGCACAUAGCAGCCAUCCUGGAGAAGAACUGCUCGGGUCUGGACUGUCAGGAGCAGCACUGUGAGCAGGGCUUGUCGCUGGACUCCCACGCACUCAUGACCUACAGCACAGCCCGCAUCAGCUUCGUGUGUCCGCGUUUCUAUAGGAACGUGCGCUGCAUCUGUAACGGAGGUGUGUGCCCAGGGUCCAGUGAUCCCUGUGUGGAGAAGCCAUGUCCGGAGGACAUGCAAUGUGUGGGUUACGAGGCCAGCAGGAGACCAUUUCUCUGCCAGUGUCCACCAGGAAAGCUUGGAGAGUGCUCAGGACACACUUCUCUCAGCUUUGCUGGAAACAGUUACAUCAAGUACCGGCUUUCUGAAGAUAGCAAAGAAGAAGACUUCAAGCUGGCUCUGCGCCUGAGAACCCUACAAAGCAAUGGGAUCAUAAUGUACACCCGGGCCAACCCCUGCAUGAUUCUGAAGAUUGUGGAAGGCAAGCUGUGGUUCCAGCUGGACUGUGGCAGCGGCCCCGGGAUCCUGGGCAUCUCCAGCCGUGCCGUCAACGACGGGAGCUGGCACUCGGUCUUCCUGGAGCUCAAUCGCAAUUUCACCAGCCUGGCCCUGGACGACAGCUAUGUGGAGCGGCGCAGGGCGCCCCUGUACUUCCAGACACUGAGCACCGACAGUGCCAUCUUCUUUGGUGCCCUCGUGCAGGCGGAUAACAUCCGCAGUCUGACGGACACUCGAGUCACGCAGGUCCUCGGUGGCUUCCAGGGUUGCCUAGACUCCGUGGUACUUAAUCACAACGAGCUGCCCCUCCAGAACAAGCGCAGCAGCUUUGCCGAGGUCGUGGGGCUGACGGAGUUGAAACUGGGCUGCGUGCUCUACCCGGACGCAUGCCAACGCAGCCCCUGUCUGCACGGGGGCAGCUGCAGCGGCCUGCCCUCUGGCGGCUAUCAGUGUUCCUGUCUCUCACAGUUCACGGGGAGAAACUGUGAAUCGGAGAUCACAGCCUGCUUCCCCAACCCUUGCCGGAACGGAGGAUCCUGCGACCCCAUAGGAAACACCUUCGUCUGCAGCUGUAAAGCCGGCCUCACAGGAGUCACGUGCGAGGAUGACGUGGACGAGUGUGAGCGCGAGGAGUGUGAGAACGGGGGCUCCUGUGUCAACCUGUUCGGCUCCUUCUUCUGCAACUGCACCCCAGGCUACGUGGGCCAGUACUGUGGUUUGCGUCCCGUGGUCGUGCCCAACAUCCAAGCUGGUCACUCAUACGUGGGCAAAGAGGAACUGAUAGGCAUUGCUGUGGUCCUUUUCGUCAUUUUCACCCUGGUCGUGCUCUUCAUCGUCUUUCGCAAGAAGGUCUUUCGCAAGAACUACUCGCGGAACAACAUCACGCUAGUGCAGGACCCAGCCACAGCCGCGUUGCUGCACAAGAGCAACGGCAUCCCAUUCCGCAGCCUGCGCGCGGGCGACGGGCGCAAUGUGUACCAGGAAGUGGGACCCCCGCAGGUGCCGGUGCGCCCCAUGGCCUACACGCCCUGCUUCCAGAGCGACUCCAGGAGCAAUCUGGACAAGGGCCUGGACGCCCUGGGUGGUGAGCCACAGGAGAUGAGCACAUUCCACCCGGAGUCCCCGCGCAUCCUGACAGCACGUCGGGGUGUGGUGGUAUGCAGUGUGGCCCCCAACCUCCCGGCUGUGUCGCCAUGCCGCUCUGACUGUGAUUCCAUCCGAAAGAACGGCUGGGACUCAGGACCUGAAAACAAAGGGGCUGAUGACCCCGGAGAGGUGACCUGCUUCUCGAACAGUAACAAAGGCAGUAACUCCGAAGUUCAGUCUCUCAACUCCUUCCAGUCGGAUUCUGGUGACGACAACGCAUCCAUAGUGACUGUCAUUCAACUUGUCAACAAUGUAGUUGACUCUAUAGAGAAUGAAGUGUCUGUCAUCGACCAGGGACAGAACUACAACAGAGCCUAUCACUGGGACACCUCUGACUGGAUGCCCGGAGCGCGGCUGUCCGACAUUGAGGAAAUGCCCAACUAUGAGAGCCAAGAUGGAGGGUCAGCACACCAGGGUAGCACACGAGAGUUGGAGAGCGACUACUACCUAGGUGGCUAUGACAUUGACAGUGAAUACCCCCCACCCCACGAAGAAGAGUUCCUGAGUCAGGAUCAGCUACCCCCACCACUGCCUGAGGACUUCCCUGACCAGUACGACGCCUUGCCUCCCUCCCAGCCCACCUCACUAGCUGGCACCAUGAGCCCAGACUGCAGGAGGAGGCCCCGGUUUCACCCCAGCCAGUACCUCCCUCCUCACCCCCUUCCCAAUGAAACAGAUUUGGGGGGCCCACCCUCCAACUGUGAUUUCAGUACUUUUGCAGUAAGCAUGAACCAGGGCACAGAGGUCAUGGGCCCAGCAGACAGCGUGUCUCUGUCCUUGCACAAUUCCAGAGGCACCUCAUCCUCAGACAUGUCAGUCCGCCGUGGCUUUGAUGAUUCUGAGGUAGCCAUGAGUGACUACGAGAGCCCAGGCGAGCUCAACCUGGCCAACCUUCACAUUCCCUUCGUGGAAACGCAGCACCAGACCCAGGUGUAGUGACCCUCACAGGUGCUGUGCUCUGACUGUUACCGCAUGGAAGGAAUAAGCUGCCCUUUGGGCUGGAUGGAGAAAAGUCUGUAGAAAUGUGGAUUUCCUGUGAGCAACACCUUCACAAGUCCGACCGUCGCAAGCAAGCUUGACUCCCAGAGUGACAAGGAGAGGCUCAGAAAUUGUUUCGGGGGAAGGGGGAACUGGCAAUCCUUGUUUGUGGGCAUCUGUGUUUGUGGCUUGGAAUGCAAAAGAAAUGAGUUUACUAAGUCAAACGGGAGAACACGAAUGGCUUUGUGCAUUAUUGUGCCCCAGAGAGUAUGAAAGCAAAGACCCUUACAGUAUUAAACCCCGAUACCGUCAGAGGGACAUCGUUGCAUGCGAUUUUGAGCCGAGGAAGUGAAAAUAGUAGUGUUUAUCAGAAAAGUUAGUGUUCUAGAUGAAAGAAAAGAGAAGUUAAUGUUAAACGAGAAGGUGGAUGGAGGACUUUAAAACCAACUCUAUUUUUUAAACAAGCUGUCUAAUUUUCAGCUAUAAAAUUAGGUUUGAGUAACAUGCUUAGUGUGCUCAGAUUGUUUUUGUUUGUGUUAAGCAUCCAGUAUAAUAUAGUUGGGUUUUGUGAUCUCUGAGAAAGCUACAAAAGAAAGAGCAAUAAGACUAUCUAGACUCCAGUGGGUGGGUUGGGGGAGGUUAAUGUUCAAACAUUAGAAAGUCUGUAACGACCUUGUUCUGUCUUUUCUGGCAAGUAAUCCUAGCUGUAUCUCGGUUCUAACACUGCUGCAGGAACAGGCCCCUGCUGGGAUAUUGCUCUCUGGAAUGAGCUGUAUUGGAAAGUCUAAACAGAAUUCACAGAUCCAGAGAAGAGGGGAUGUGGUACUGUAGGAGGGUUCGGCCUAGGUAAUCACAAUUCUUCACACCGAAGGUGAAAGCUGUGUGUGUUAUUCUAAACUGUAGUGGUGUCAUUAUAAAUACUCUUAUCUUUUAAAGAAAAAAGUAAGUAGUGACCAUGUAUAAAUUAAAUUGUGCGUGUGUGUGUGUGCAUGCGUGUGUGCAAGCGUGUGUGCUUGUGAGGGGGGGGCCUCAGUAUCACUGAGUGUGCACUCACUACAGCUGCUCUUGAGGGAAGCUGCCCUAAAGGGUUUAGGACUCAGUGUUGGAAAUGGUGAGGUGAGCAGGCAUUGCUGGCCUUCUGAUUUCUCCAAUCGUUAGUGUUACAGGAACACCAAAUGCCAUAUCUUACUCCAAUUCAGUUAACCUUAUUUUAGUACUGCCAUUUAUAUUAACUUAAAGCAAGUACUGUGAUUUUUAAAGACAGUGUUUUAUAAUUUUCCAGAACUACUAUUUGAAACUGUAUAACAUUUGAUUACACCCCGGGGUCUCCCUCUCAUAUGACAUAUGGCCUUUGGCCAUCACUUUUCCAUGACAGACUACUUAUCCCACUGAAGUUGGCAGUGGAGUUAACUUUCCUCUUUCACUUUGAUCAGCUGUGGCCACCUUUUUGCAGUGAGCAUGGGAAGUGAAUGCAUAUUUGCACAUCUGCUUAGUGAACAAAUUUCUCUGUAUGGACGGUUCCUGGUGACACCAACGUUGGUGUGUAAAGUCAGCCGUCUGGGAUCUGCCUAUCAUCUCUGCAAUUGUCUUUAGACACUUACUUCUCUGUAGGAGUUGGUGUUUCUGAACAUCUGUCAUUAAAAAUAAUUCCUUUUAUUCCCAAACUUCCCAAGUUAGAGGACAUACUUGUCUAGUUUCUCAGCUCUUCUCUUCCAUUCUCUAGGUUAGAAUCAUCCAUGGAGGCAUUAUCCACACUGUGGUCCUGAAAUACAUGAAUUUCACUAAGGCUGCUUUCAGGAAUAAAGUCUUUAGUAUUUUUCUUAUGUAAGAAGCACAUUUGCAAGAAUCACAAAGAAAAUGACAAACUAAUGGUCCAGAAUUGAAUCACUGCUGUGCUUUUAAUAACACAACAGCAUAAAACCAUCAAAGGAAAACCAACAAUUCAUUUCUUGCCCCCAGGAAAUAUGAGAUGAGAUCCAUGCCAAUGAGUCACCAGUGCUUAGCCAGCAUCUCUUCCAGAGAGAACGCCUGGCCAACCCUAUAAUGAAGGCAUAAAUAGAGCUAUCUGCAGGCAGUUGUGGAGUCACUGACGAAAUCCUUGCCCACCCUCUCCUCUGACCUACAUAAAAUGCAUUUUUCUUCAGGACACCUUCCUACUAAACUUCAACAAAAUAGCUCUACAGACAUUCCAGAUGAGCACUGGGUCUAUUGGAGUCUUCUACUUUUAAAACUGCUUUUCCUUACAGACUAGAAGAUGGAGUGCAGUGAGUUCUACAUGCAGCCAGACGGGGUGAUCACAGUCCGAAAGAACUGGGUUCUUACGAUUUUCUAGGCCAGCCCCGUACUUUAUAAGGGAGGAAGCAUGCCCAGAGAGAGGAAGAGACUUGCCCAGGCCCAUGCAAAAGUGAACUCCCUGACAAAAGCUGUCACCCAUCCAUGUAGGCACUACUCCUUAUCUGUAAUGUUGCACAUCGCUAAGCUGCCCUGAGCCUGCAGCUGCUUCCUUCUAUUGAGUUCCUAACUUCCCACUGUUCCUUCACUGACAUAUGCAAGAAAACAAAACAAAUAAAGACCAUCUCUCUGGGACUCUAGUGAGACCAGAGAUUUGGGCAUCCAUCAAAAUGCUGCUUUUGCCAAAUGAAUGUUUCUAGAAUGGGGAUGGAGUGAGCACAGAACUAUAUUCAGACUAGUAGUGAAACUGCUGGUGUGUAACACUCCCAAUGGGUGUGUUUUAUGGUUUUAAUGUUGUUUCCUUCUCAUAAGCUCUGCCUACUGUCUGUUCUUGUCCUGUCCACCAUGAUGGAAAAUUAGCCAGUUAGUGAGUAUGUCUGUAUCUGUCGGGAGAUGGUUAGUGUGAGAGAAGCCGUCAGUCUUUGUCACACUCCAAGCAGGAGCUACAGGGCUAUAAAGGAUGGACAGUAUGCUUCAUUUAUUCCCUCCUCGGAGAGUAUUUUGCUGCUGAGCCUCAUGCCAUGCCCGCUUUCUGUGUACCCCUAUCCUGCCCACUCACAAGAUGCAAUGGGAAAGUCAUAGCAAUAUAUGUAGGUCAAGGCCAUAAUCUUCAAUUUUAAGCUGUUGGAGUCACAGGAAGACCUGGGCAGAUUUGCCUGGAAUUGCCAUAAGAAAUUCACUAUCUCAGAAGAAAAGGAAAUGUUUCCUAUUGGCCUCUUCCUACUGACUCUAGCCACAGGACUGUGUCCAAUUUGCAAAAGCUGGGAGGUCCAAAACACAAACAAGAGAAAGAGAAAGAUGAUCAGAAUAAACCAGAGGAAAACACGCUAAGACGAUGUAGUUCGGGAAGAUCUAGUGUUUGUGUUGCCAGCCUUGUCUGGCCUUCUCACUGCUGCAGACAUCGGUCAUGUGCUUAGUUAGGUCUGCGUGUCCUGUGCUUUGUGGGACAUGGGGCUUCCAAGGGGCAUUUCUUCAGUGCUAUCUUUCUGUGUGGUCCGUAAGGAGGCAGUGUGUGUCCUUGUUAGUUCGUGUCUUGCAAUCUUCAGCUGCACAUUGCUGAUUGAGACCCACCUCUUUGAGCUUCCAGUUGUGUGUGACAGGGGGUUUAAAGUCGCCAUGCACGGGUUUGACGUCAGCGAAUAUUUAGCCAGAUGGCUAAAGAAGGAAAAGAAUAAGGUGUUUCUUUCCUUAUGUAAUAAUGAAAAGCAAUAAUUACAAGUGUGUAACAAUACACAAAGGCCAUAAUUAGUCUCUUCCAGUGUUCAGGAUGCACUAGAGAAUUCUGUAGUCAUUUGGAGUGUAUUGGACCCCAUAGCACCCUUCAACAAACAAAUCCCUGGAUUGCUCCUAUUUAACAAUUUUAUGAGCCCAUACUACUGGAUUUCGGGAGUGACAGAUGUGUCUGGGAAUGGGGAGGGUUCUUGCAAAGCACUGUUACCAGAGACCAUGUUGUACAUUUGUCUGUUAUAAACAGACUUGUUUGUAAAAGAUGUAUGUUUUUGGUGUUUAAAAUGUUUAUAAAAUUGUAUAUAGGUGGUUUCAAUUUUCCAGGUGUUUGUAGAUACAGUAUUUGAUGCCUAUCCGGAUGCUUUAAUUUGGAGGGUCAAAUAGAAUUCUUAGUCAUCCACAUUGUUGUUCUAUAAACUUUUGAGGUAUACCCACAAAAAAGAGGACUUUAGAUUUGGAAAAGAUGUUUUUAUUCAUUUUGAAAUGUAUUGUGUCUUUCCUUUGAGUCUAUCAUGUUCAUUUAACCGUUUUCCAAAAAAAAGGUGUUUCUAUUGGCUUUUUUUAAAGAUGAAUGUGUUUUGCCCAGUUAUUAAGCACCCGACCUCCACGCCAUUCCCUAGAUGAAAUGAGCUGUCAUUUCUUCACCUACAUGAACACUCCCCUCAGCUCCGGCACACAUCAACUCAAACCUUAUGCAAAGGGCAAAGUGGACAGUGGAGGAUACUCCGCUGACUAGUCCCUUACAGACAGGGAUUGUUUUCUGCACAUAUUCCUGUGGCAGGUAUACAGUCUCGUGUUCUUUUCUUAAAAAAAAGAAAGAAACGAAGAAAAUACAAACUGAAAUAAAAGGACACAAAAAGUAUAGCCAAAAAUUAAAACGAGAAAAAAAAAUCUACCCAACGGUGUACAGGUUUGUAACUGCCAAAUUUGAUCAUUAAAACAAGUUUUCAAGUAAAGGGAAAAAUACUAUGAAA